AUGCCACCAAAAGCCGACUGGGAGAAGUAUGAAAAGAGAGCCGAUGACAAGGAAGAGGAAAAGAUUGUCGCUCUCGAUGAUAGUGACAUCCAGAUCCUCAAGACCUACGGCCAAGGUCCAUACUCUGCCCAAAUAAAGAAACUCGAGCAAGAUAUAAAGGAAACUCAAAAGCGCAUUGCUGAGCGCAUGGGCGUCAAGGAGUCUGACACUGGUCUAGCCCCACCCAACCUAUGGGACAUUCCAGCUGAUAAGCAACGCAUGUCCGAGGAGCAUCCACUUCAAGUAGCUCGGUGCACCAAGAUUAUCCGUGUCGACCCGGUAAAGGCCGCUGCGGCUGCUGCCGUAAACCCUGCAGGCGCGCUUCAGGGCCAGAAAGGAGCAGACGAGCAGGAUCAGUAUGUUAUCAAUAUCAAGCAGAUCGCCAAGUUUGUCGUUGGCCUUGGAGAGCGGGUCGCUCCCACCGAUGUCGAAGAGGGAAUGCGUGUUGGUGUGGAUCGUAACAAAUACCAGAUCCAAAUUCCUCUCCCACCAAAAAUCGAUCCUUCGGUCACCAUGAUGCAGCUCCGCGAGGUUGUCGAAACACCACUCCUCUCUCCUGAGCGUUUCGUUAGGCUUGGGAUCGACCCUCCGAAGGGUGUCUUAUUAUACGGCCCGCCUGGUACUGGCAAAACACUCUGCGCACGAGCAGUGGCAAACCGCACCGAUGCAACGUUUAUCCGAGUUAUUGGGAGCGAGCUAGUGCAAAAAUACGUGGGUGAAGGUGCGCGAAUGGUCCGAGAGCUCUUCGAGAUGGCGCGUGGUAAGAAGGCGUGUAUCAUUUUCUUUGAUGAGGUGGAUGCGAUUGGUGGUGCGCGAUUUGACGACGGAGCUGGUGGUGACAACGAGGUCCAACGGACAAUGUUGGAACUUAUCAACCAGCUGGACGGAUUCGACCCGAGAGGAAACAUCAAAGUACUCAUGGCGACUAACAGACCUGAUACUUUGGAUCCCGCGCUUCUUCGUCCUGGUCGACUAGAUAGGCGUGUCGAAUUCAACCUUCCGGACAACGAGGGUCGCGCGCACAUUCUCCGCAUACACGCCAGGAGUAUGUCUGUCGAACGUGACAUUCGCUUCGAUCUGAUUGCCCGUCUAUGCCCGAACACCACCGGGGCAGAACUACGCUCUGUUGCGACCGAGGCAGGGAUGUUUGCUAUUCGUGCCCGGCGCAAAGUCGCCACUGAGCGAGACUUCCUGGAUGCGGUUGAGAAGGUGGUUAGGCAAGGGACCAAAUUCAGUAGCACGCCUCUAUACCAAGUAUACAACUGA